AUGUUCUGGCGAUUCGGGGGGUACGCGAAUAUCUCCGCCGUCGACACUCUGCUCGAUAAACCCGAUGUCAGCCUCGAAGAACUCUUGGACGAGCCGGAGCUGAUUUCCGAAUUGAAACAGCAUAAUACGAAACUGAUAGAAUAUUUACGAGAGGACCACAUCCUGAAGAAAUUGUUGGAAUACGUGGUCGCUCCGCCUCUAAUUAAUGACGAUGAUAAUGACGACCAUGACGACGAUGAUGAGAAGACAAAACCCGCCAUCGAAAAGUUCGGCGGUGGUGCAGGUGAGGAUACAAAGAAGGACGAGGAUAUUCUCGGACCGGAGGAUUUAGAAAGGGCCGAUAAGCAGCGUUCCAAAUUCGCAUACAUGGCUUGCGAGAUCCUGUCCUCAGAGACAUGGUCUAUUUUGGAAUCGAUCAUGGUCAACGAAGCUUAUUUGCGAGAGUUCUGGGAUUUUAUACGACGACCAGCACCCUUGGACUCUGCUCAGGCCGGCUACUUUACCAAAAUUAAUGAGGUCCUGUUUGAUAAGAAGACAGAAGAAAUGCUCGAGUUCUUCAAGUCAUUGAAAGGAGUUGUUCCUGCGAUAUUACAACAUGUGGACAAUCCUAUGGUAAUGGAUCUGCUGUUGAAAAUCAUUAGCCUGGAAAAGGUGGAGGGUGGACAAGGCAUUGUCGACUGGUUGAAAGAUGAGGGCCUUAUUCCUGUCCUGCUGUCUUAUAUAUCAUCCGAACAUUUGUCUUCCAUGCAAACGUCUGCUGGAGACUUUUUGAAGGCAAUCAUCACCAUCUCAGCAAACGCAACCCAGAACGAGCAAUCGUGUAUUGGACCCAACAGUCUAACCAGGCAACUUGUCUCGGCUCCAUGCGUGGAACAGCUCAUUCAAUUCAUGCUCCAGGGAGGAAACUCGCUUACCGUGGGUGUCGGCAUUGUCAUCGAAGUCAUUCGCAAGAACAACUCUGACUAUGAUGAGAAUGUCGGAGGACCCGAUGCUCGUCCAAGCGUAUACGAUCCCAUUUACCUAGGAACUCUGCUUCGGCAAUUCUCGUCGCAUAUCCCCGACUUCAUGGCAUUGAUUCUCAGUUCAAAACAUACCGUUGUUGAGAACGGACAAAUCAAGAUCAAGGACCGCGGGCUGCUCAAUUCUGCGUGGGGAGUGAAGAUUGAACCUUUGGGCUUUGAUCGUUUCAAGACUUGUGAAUUGAUGGCAGAGCUCCUUCACUGUAGCAAUAUGGGAUUGUUAAACGAGGUUGGCAGUGAGGAUUAUAUACGACAAAGGGAUAUUGAACGCGAAAACUUGAGGGCUCAGGGCGCAUUCGAUCUGAAUCGAAAGGAAGUCUCCGGGAUGACAUACAGUGAAAAUGCUGGAGAGUCCGAACAAGAACAAAGCUCCCGAAUUGAACUGCCGUCUGCGACACCAGAACAUAAUAACGUCAGCGAUGACGACGGCUUCGAAGAUGUUGGUUCUUCCAAGGACAUUGGGCCCGAAAUCAAGUCAGAUACGCAUGAUCAAACUCAAAUCAAGAAAUCGGAUGUCCAUACGGAAAGUCCGGGGCUCCAUAUUGAGGACAGUAUAGUUGAAGAAACCUUGAAGGAUUCCACACACAAGACUGAACCUACUGGUCUUGCUCCAACUGAUUCCCCGGUUGAUCCUAUAUCGCCCACUGCAUCUGGUCUGACAGACAGUGUCAAUGAAAUCACAUUGGAUAAGAAUGAGCAGGUUUCCAUGACGAAUGAGCCAUUUAAUAACCAAAUUCAACGGCCGAUGGAAUUGUCCACUCAUGCCAAGGAUGCCACUGCACCGUCAUUUGCCACAACGAACCAACCAGACUCGCAUAACACUGAACCAAAGCAAGAAGAGUUCUCAGGUCCAGACGUCCCAACAGAAGGACAGUCGAAUGACUCUCUCGCUACACACAUUGAGGAUGAGUUUACCCCUCAGAUUCAGUAUGAACAUUCUGGCCAGCCUGUUGUUGGUGACUAUUUGAAGAUUCAAUUUGUAGAGCACAAAGUCGUUCCUACUAUUUUGGAUUUCUUCUUCCGGUUUCCCUGGAACAACUUCUUGCACAAUGUAGUGUACGAUGUCGUUCAACAAGUUUUCAACGGAUCCAUGGAUCGAGGCUAUAAUCGAUGCCUUGCUAUUGACCUUUUCAAUACCGGGCGCAUCACGGAGAAAAUCGUUGAAGGCCAAAAGCGCAGCGAUGAGGCUCAAGCUUCCAAGAACACGAGACUCGGUUAUAUGGGUCAUUUGACAUUAAUAGCAGAGGAGGUUGUCAAAUUCACCGAACGUCACCCUGCCGAAAUCUUAUCACAAAGCGUUAUGGACAAAGUGUUACAUCCCGACUGGGUUGAUUACGUUGAGCGAACACUAUCAGAGACCCGUGAACGUGAUAACGCUAUUCUCGGAGGCGUUCGACCCGACCUCAUGGGCCACCGUCAAGCUGUAAUGAACGCCGUACAGGGCUUCACUGGUUCUAAUGCUCUUGCAAAUGCCGGUUUGAACGGAGGAAACGGCUCCAAUUUUGAGAAUUUCGACUCCAUGACGCACGGUAGUGCAUCUAGCGGAGCAUUCGGUAUGGGAGGCAGCAAUUCCCUUCUCAGCGGCUUCGGAAGCUCCAGCGACGACGAAGACGAGGAGAUGGAAGACCAAGAUGAUGAUGACACCAGAGGAUUUACCGAUAAUAACGCAGAAAGCGGAUUAGAAAAUGAACCCGCAUCUUCAUCAACUAGCCAGCCUAUCCCGAUCCUGGCUCCCCCACCUGCCCCUCUGAAUAUCGUCCCAUCCCGGGCACGUCGCCAGUUGGCUGCCCGACUAGCCCUUCACAAACAACAAGCCGACGCUGCUGCGGAGAAUUCAAAUGACCAGUCUAGUGCGAACGCAUCACACCAUGAUGAUGAUGGACAGUGGCAAUCCAAUCCGUUCAUCAUAGCCGAUCUUGAAGACGACUCUCACGACCUUGGCUCUUCUGAGUUUUCUGCCAUGGAUGAGAGCGACCAACCGUCUUCGCCGACUUUCCACACCGGUUUCACACCUCCUGGCUCGCCGUCUACCAAUUCCUCCGAUGACACGAGCGGCGAACUUAGGGAAACAGUAAGACGCAAAGUCCGAAUACCCCUCGAGGUUGAAGACGAUGAUGACGAUGAAAUGGGUGAAAUGGUCGGUCCCAGCUCUGGUUCUGGCUCAGGGGGCAUGAUGGAUUCAGAUGAAGAGGAAGAGGCCAUCAUUAACGAAUCGCUUGGCUAUUCCAACUUAUUCGGUGCUAACCGCUACGGUGGAUUCAGUCGCUCAUACGGCAGAAACGGACAGUCUUCAUUCGACGAUGACGACGACAAUGAUAGUAGCGACGGCGAAGACGGGCUUGUUGAGAUUCUGGUCCCGGGCCGGAGCAAGUCAUUUUCUUCGAAUUAAUUCGUUUUAAUCUGCCAUUUGAACUGUACAUCAUCCUUCUGAGUUGCAAUUGCAUUCAUGGAGUAUGAGUUUUAUCUUCCUGUCAUUGGAUGGCUAAGCAGGCUUAUGAGGAAGAAGAGCUGACGUCUGGAAUAUGCGAGAUAUACCACUGUACACUAGUUGCAUGCAAUUUGAUUUUGCGUUUUAGUCUUCGUC